AUGAAUAAUUUUUCCCUAUUUUCUCGUGAUGGUCUUUCACUUACUGGUUAUCAUUGGCCAGUUAAAAAUUCCAAAGUACCCUAUGCUUUAUUAAUUAUUAUACAUGGUCUUGCGGAACAUUGUGGUCGAUAUGAAAAUGUAGCUGAAUUUUAUAAUAGAAAUAAUUUUGCAGUUAUCUCAAUGGAUCUUCGUGGACAUGGUCAAAGUGGUGGACCACAUACAUUUAUUCCAAGUGUUGAACUAAUCUUUCAGGAUAUAGAUAUACUAAUAGAAGAAGCAAAACGAAUAUAUCCAUUCUGUCCAGCUGUGCUUUAUGGGCAUUCUAUGGGUGGAACUUUAGUAUUAUCUUAUACACUUCAUCGAUAUCCGAAUAAAGAUGAUGAAUGUCCAUAUCAAGCAUUAGUGGCUACAAGUCCUUGGAUUCGUCUUGCACGACCACUUCAACCUCCACGUGUAAUUCUCUCAUUAAUUCGAACAGCUUGUCAAAUUCGUCCUUCUUUGAAUGUUCCACUUCGAUUUGAUCCACGUAAAACUACACGUGAUGAAGAUAUUAUUGAUUCGUAUAUUAACGAUAGUAAUAUACGUCGAUCAGCAACAUUAUCAAUUGUUCGUAAUGUAGGUGGUAUGGCAAUGAAACUUGAUCGAACAAAGUGUAUAUUUCAUAUACCAGUUUUAAUUGAACAUGGUCAAGCUGAUUUGAUAACUAAUCAUAAUGCGAGUUUAAAAUUUUCUGAAAGAGGAAAAAAUAUUGAUUUUAAAAGUUGGAGAAAUUGUUAUCAUGGAUUACAUCAUGAACCUGAAAGAGAGGAAAUAUUUAAUUUUACACUUAAGUGGAUACGAGAAAUAAUUUUUUUUGAGAACUAUUUUUAA